GUGGCUUCGGAGGAACGAACAUGGCCCAGGCGGCGCGGGCGGCKSGGGCGGCUCGGGCGCUGUGGCCCGGUCGGUGCGCGUUGGCAGAGAGGCUGGGCGGCCGCCCCUGGCCACCAUUCCUCGCGCAGAGCCGGGCGGGCUUCGCGGGGGCUGCUGGUGGCCCGGGGACCCCUGCCGCCGCCGCCCGCAAGGGGAGCCCGCGGCUACUGGGGGCGGCGGCGCUAGCCCUGGGGGGCGCCCUGGGGCUGUACCACACCGCACGGUGGCACCUGCGCGCCCAGGACCUCCGCGCCGAGCGCUCAGCCGCCCAGCUCUCCUUGUCCAGCCGCCUGCAGCUGACCCUGUACCAGUACAAGACAUGUCCCUUCUGCAGCAAAGUCCGUGCCUUCCUGGACUUCCAUGCCCUGCCUUACGAGGUGGUGGAGGUGAACCCUGUGCGCCGGACUGAGAUCAAAUUCUCCUCAUACAGGAAGGUGCCCAUCUUGGUGGCCCAGGACGGAGACAGCUUGCAACAACUGAACGAUUCCUCUGUCAUUAUCAGUGCCCUCAAAACCUACUUGGUGUCUGGGCAGCCCCUGGAAGAGGUCAUCACCUAUUACCCACCCAUGAAGUCUAUGAAUGACCAGGGCAAGGAGGUGACCGAGUUCUGCAACAAGUACUGGCUCAUGCUGGAUGAGAAGGAGGCCCAGCGCAUGUAUGGUGGCAAGGAGGCGAGGACGGAGGAGAUGAAGUGGCGGCAGUGGGCGGACGACUGGCUGGUGCACCUCAUCUCGCCCAACGUGUACCGCACGCCUGCCGAGGCCCUGGCCUCCUUCGACUACAUCGUCCGUGAGGGCAAGUUCGGGGCCCUGGAGGGCACCAUGGCCAAAUACGCGGGCGCAGCCGCCAUGUACCUCAUCAGCAAGCGCCUCAAGAGCAGGCACCACCUCCGGGAUGACGUGCGGGAGGACCUCUAUGAGGCGGCGAACAAGUGGGUGGCAGCAGUCGGCGGAGACCGGCCCUUCAUGGGGGGCCAGACGCCCAACCUCGCUGACCUGGCAGUGUACGGCGUGCUGCGGGUGAUGGAGGGUCUGGAGGCCUUCGACGACCUGAUGCGGCACACGCACAUCCAGCCCUGGUACCUGCGGGUGGAGAAGGCCAUUGCCGAGGCCCCCCCAGUGCACUGAGCGGCCCCGCCCGGCGGAGGGUAGCAGCAGAGGAGGCCAGCUGCUGGGAACCGGGGCCUGGCCAGGCCCUGCGAAGCUGUGUGUGCUGGGAGUGGCGGGGGUGUCUACCCGUGUCCGCCUCCCCAGCCUCGGACUCCUGAAUGCCCGAAGGGCCUGGGUACUGGGCAGGGCCCGGGCUGGAUCUCCCCAUGACACCCGAGGGUCACAGGCUAUGGAGAGCCCACCCCUCCUCCUCCCUCCUGCUCCCACCAGGCCCAGGUCCAGUCCUCCAUCCUGGACCUCUUGCCCUCAGCCUUCUGGUGAGUUUCUUGGUGGCUGUCCUGGGGCCACACCCUGAGGGUGGGGUCAGCCUGGCUCCCACUGUGGAUGCAGGCGGAGGCCAGUCAGAAGAGUCCCCUCCCCAGGCCCCAGGUUCCGCGGUUCCCAGGUGCUGCCUGGGACUGCUGGCACGUUUGCAAUAAAAAAAAGUUUGCUGCUCC